AUGUAAAAAUUAACUCUCGAAAAACAAAUUAAUCAUUUGGAAAGAGACAUUUAAUAGAAAUAACAUAAAAUUGAAGAAUUGACCAAGUAAUUAUUAUUCAAUUUUUAGGAUUGUUGAACAAUAAUCAAACUUUGUUUAAUAAGCUUAAAUACAAAUUAAGAAUUUAUAGGAUACACAAAAUAGUUUGUAAUCAUAAUUAUUUGAUAUCAAAUAAGAGAGAGAUACUUUUAAAUGUUUAAAUGAAAUAAAGGAAAAAUAAAUAAAAAGUUUAUAAGAAUAAGUUUUAAUAAAAAAUCAUGUUGCAGAUGUAAUAAAUAUAUAAUAUAAUCUAGACAUAAUAAUUGAAACAUGAAUUAUAAGAAUAAUACAAUUAAGUUUUUGAGUUAUAGAUUGAACUAAAAACAACAAAAAAUCAAUUGGAACACUUAGAAUUAGAACGAUAAAAUUUAAUGAAUGAGUUAAAUAUCAAGACAGCUAGUUAAGUAGUCUAUAUUCAAAAUGAUUUUAAUAAUUAACCCUUACAAAAUUAUGAUUAAUAUCUUGAUAAAUUUGAUGAGGAACGAAAAUAAUAUUUGAGACAAAUUCAUUAAUAUUAGUUACAUGAAGAUAAGAUAAGUAUGAAAGAAAUAUAAUAUUAGAAAUUGAAAAUUAAAAGAGAUUAGAUAAAUUAUAAUCCAUCAUUAAUAAUAAUGAGGAGGAGAAAAGAGAUUUGUAGGAAGAAUUAUUAUACUUAAAAUAGAUGAUAGAGAUGUAUAAACAUUAAGCUUAAGAGGAAUUUACUAAUUAAAGAAAAUAUGAAGAAUAAAAAUUAUAAAAUGAAAGAGAAAUGAAAGUCAUUCUUCACAAAAAGGACAAAUUGAUUUCUGAUCAAAAAAUUGAAAUAUAAAAAUUGCAUUAGCGUAUUAAUCACUCUCCUUAAAUGAAUCUUUAGACCAUAAAUGAUAUGUACAAUGUUAAUGUAGAUGAUUUAAUAGAUUUGAAAAUGAAAAUUAUGCAAUAAGAAAAUACUAUUAAAUAACUUUAAAAUUAGAUUGCUAAAGAGUAAUUAGAAAAAAAUAAUAUUUAAGAAUAAACACAGAAAGAAUUGACAAUUGCUUCUGAAAAGAAAUAGGAAUGUUUAUAAUAAAUAGCAUUUGUAGAAUAAUAGAGAUAAAAAUUAGAUAUUGAAAUUUAAUAAAAUAAAUAAUUAAAAGAAGAUAUAUUUAAACUUUAGACAGAAUUAACUUAAUUAAAGAAAAAAGAUUAAAUAUAAAAAAAUGAAAUAGAUAGAUUAAGAUAAGAAAAUCUAAAUAAUCAAACUUAUAUAGUUAACUCUUAAAGCAAAGAUAAUUAAUCAUCAAUUAAUUAAUAGAUCAUGCUUAAUUAUGAAUUUAUUAAAAGUCCUAAUAUCAAAUAAUUUGAGAAAUUGACAUAAGAUAAUCUAAACUUAAAAUAAAUUAUAAAUAAAAAAGAUGAAGAAAUUAUCAUUUUACAAUAGAAAAUUACUAAUAUUAAUUUAGAUAAUGAAUAGGAUGAAUUUCAGAAGAAUUCGACUAUAACUAUAGCAAAGAAAAUUGAAAGUAAGUUAUUUUAUAUAUUUUAUAUAGAAAUUAAAUGUUAUUCAUAAAAAUAAUCGUAAAUGUUGGCUGAUUAUAGAAAAUUGAAAUUAGAGAAAAAUAAAUAUGAAUUUCAAAUUGAAGAAUUUUAAUACGAAAUUUAAAAAUUAAGAAAUUUGAUUUAAUAAGAAAGAGCAUAAAAAGAAUUUAUGGAAAAGAAUUUAAAUAAAUAUAAAGAAGAAUUUUCAAUAUUAGAAGGAUAAAAUAAAAAAUAAAAGAAAGAUUUUGAAAAUAAAAUAAAGUAAAUUUAAUAAGAAAUGGAAUCAAAAUUUGUUUCAAAAGAAUAAAUUAAUUAUUAUUAAUAAAAUUAAGAAUUAUUUAAGUAAAGGUAAUAAGAUAAACAAUUAAUAUAAGAAUUGAAAGAGAAAAUUUCAAUUCUAAAUUUAGAUUCUCAAAAAUAUAGAGAAGAACUAUAUUUGAAAGAUAAUUAGAUUCAAAAACUUUAAAUUGCAACUGAUAAUGAAGAAAAUUAAAAUGUUCUUUAAAUGAAAUUGUAAAUAGAAAAUGAUAAAAUUAUAAUAUAAACAUUAAAUGAAAGAAUAAUUAAUUUAAAUCAAGAAAUAGAGAGUAAAGAAAAAUAAUUAUUAACCUUUUAAUAAGAUUAAAUCAAUUGGGAAUCCUUAUAAUAAUUUUCUAAAUAAAUUGAAUAUGAAAAUAGAACUAAUUUAAAUAAUUAGGAAGAUAUUAAUGAUUUGAAAAAUAAUAUAAGAAUAUUAAAUAAAAAAAUAUCAGAAUAAACAUAAUAAUAUUAAUAAGCCAUAACAGAGUUUGGGAAUGAAUUUUAAUAAAGUAUUAUGCUAUUAAAUGUUGAAAUCAAAUAAUUAGAAUAAGAAAAUUAAGAUUUAGCUAAAGCUAUGGAAUAAUAUAAAUAACUAUAUUAAUAAGAAAAAAUAGAAAACCAAAAUAAAUUAAAUUUAACUUCUGCCGAAAUUCAGGAAAUAAAAAUAAGUUUGGAGUAGGUUACUAAAGAAAGAGAUUAAUUAUCUCAAUAAAAAUAAAUUAUUGAUUAUAAGGAAAAGUAGAUAUUAAUAAAAGAAGAUGAAAUUAAAUGUUAGCUUAUUGAACUAAAAGAAGAAAAUAAAAAUUUUGAAAUUGAUAUCUUAGUAAAAAAAAAUAAAGAAUUAGCUAUAAUUGGAUGUGAUUAUAUUUUAAUAAGAGAGUUGGAAAAUUAUAAAUAGAAAUUAAUAGAAGAAUAAGAGAAAGUAAAUGAAUUAAUGUAAAGAUCCAUUCAAUAAAUGGAAGAGUAUUAAGAGGGAAAUUAGGAUCUAUAUGAGAAAAAAUUAAUGCAAAAUGAAUUAAAUGAUUUAAAAAAGUAAAUUGAAUAAAUGAAAGCUGAGUAAUUAAAACUUUUGAUGAGUUCUAAUAUAUAAAUUGAUGAGUAAUUAAAUUUUGAAGAAGAAAGAUAAUAAUAUUAAUAGUAAAUAAAAUAAUUGAUGCAUUUUAAAGAAAAUAUAACACUAGAAGAUAUUAAGUUAGUAAGAGAUAUAAUUUAAAGUGGAAAAUUAAUCUCUUAUUUAGAAAAAGCUAAAUCAAUUCAUGAACUUUAAAAUUCAAUGUAAUCUUGA